CCGGAAAUUAGAUUUUAGCUCUGUACAUGUGCUGUCUCCGUAUAUGUAACGUUAAAUACGUUGUUAUUCAUAUCAUGGAAUCGAAAAAAAAUGAUCGUCAGAAGCAGUUUCAGUUUCUCUCCAGCAUAGACGAUAUGUUAGCUGUGAUGGUUGAGUUGCAUCACAUAAAGUGCUGCCCUCGAUGUAUUCUUAGAUUCUGUGGAGAAAAAAACACCCAACCAUACAGAAGAUCAAUUGAGGAAGUGAAACGUAUGAUUCACACGGCUGAAUGCAAUACAGAGACAUCAAACGUUGUGGGUCCGGGGUCGAUAGAAGACAAUAACCAUGCACUACCAUUUACAUGUUCCAGUUGUCUAGGAAUUCUACAGAUCUGUAGUGAUGACAAAUUUCUGAAUGAGAUUACAGGCCAUAUUGAAGAAGCAGACUAUCAGUUUAGAAAUUAUGUCUUUGCCAUAUCACUACCUCUGCAGUUGCUUGUGAGAGAGCAUUCCAUUUUAUUGCAUCUGAAGGACAAAUUUAGUGGACUAUAUAAAGUGAAAACAACUGAGAGUAUUGCGUCAAUAAAAGAAAUUUUAAAAUGGGUUUUCAGUCCAAUGUUAGCAGAUGUCUUGCAUGUUAAUUACACAUUUUUGGGACCUUUUGAGAUUGCCUUAUCAUUUACACAUCCUGAAACAGCGAGUGAAUGCGAAUUAUUUGUUGAUCGCAAAGAAUUCAUCGCAUUGCAUGCAAAGAAAAGACGCAAGCUCUCAGAUGUGCGCCAUAUAACAAAACCAUCCGUUUCGACAGCUCUUUCAAAGUUGGGAGAUGAAGAAAUGAAAAAGCGUGUUGAUGUACAUCUCCUGAUGAACUACUGUGUAUUCUCAGGUCGUUAUAACAAGUAUUCGCGGUUACUGAGCCAAACACCUUGGAUUUUAGAAGGGGAGAGAAAAACAGAGUCAUCAGUUGAAGAGCUGAUCUGUGAGAAGAUUAAAGAUGUUUUACAGGCUGAUGGAUACAAUUUUUCAUCAUCAGGAAGAGAAGAUGUUGAUGUCUGCACAUUUGGGAAAGGACGGCCGUUUGUGGUAGAAUAUUUAAAUCCUCACCGUUCACUCUUGCCUCAGAGGGUGUUGACACAGCUACAAAAGGAUAUCAAUGACAGUACAAAAGAUAUCGCAGUUAGGGAUCUUCAGAUUGUUGAUAAAGAAGAAAUUGGAAAGCUAAAAGAAGGAGAAUUGAGCAAAACAAAAUCUUACAGCGCAUUGAUAUGGAUUGACAAAAAAAUAACACCAGAAGAUAUCAGCUUCCUGCAAAACAUCAAGGAUUUGAAGCUAGAACAAAAGACACCCAUCAGAGUAUUACACAGGAGGCCGUUGGCUGUACGUGUGCGAUCUGUCCACACCAUGUCUGCCGAGUUCAUUGAUGAACAGCAUUUCAGGUUAAAAUUAUGCACACAGGCUGGAACUUACAUUAAAGAGUUUGUCCAUGGUGAUUUUGGUAGAACACAACCCAGUCUUGGCACUCUGAUGAAAGCAAACACAGAUAUCUUAGAGUUGGAUGUAGAGUCUGUGAAUGUGGAUUGGCCAAGACAGCUGGAAACAUAAGCAAUAAACAUAUGACAAUUUGUGUAUUUUAUUUGAACUGUAUUUGAUUUUAUUGCUCAUAAAAAUAAAAUAGUGAGAAA